AUGCCGACCCUCAAAGACAAAAACGGCGAACCGAUUCACGAAGGAGACCAUGUUUUUGCCCGCUCGCGAGGCGGCAGACAUGAGGGGGAGGUGGAGAAGGUUGUGACGACGGAGAAGGAGGCAGAGAAGGAAGGGGUGAAGCACCCUCCUAAGGUGCUGUUUACGGAUCAGCACGGACAUCAUGUGCAGCAUAAUCCUGAGGCGUUGCAGCAUGGGGUGUAUAAGAAGGCUAAGUAG